AUGGACAGACUUGGCAUUGUGAGCACUGAGAUGUCAGUGCCCAAUCUGCAGGCUUACAAGGUAUUUGGCGAUGACAUGACACUGACAUCCAUUCAGCAUAGGGCUUGGGAGCUUGACGAUCUUGAUGGUCGCGACUCCGUUCAACAUCCUGAGUGGCAAGCACUUUACAUGCAGUUCAAAAGCUCACAUGUUCUUGGAACAGUGCCAUAUCGAUGGGAAUCAAGGACCCGGGAAUACAGCCAUGCGCAGCUUCUUGCAGUGCAAAUUGACGCGGUGGAUAUCAUUGUGCUGGAUGGGCCCCUCCUUCACGAUGGUGGGAUAGGCGCCGAGGAGAAAGCAGCGGCUGUGAAGGCCCACUUGCAGCUUACUUCAUCGCUGGGACUUGAGGACCAGACGUCAGGAUUGUUGAUGCAUGAGUUAGGAAGGCGAGGCAAGGCAGCUUUAGUCCGGGAGACUGAGGAUGAGUGGGAGCUCCUCCUUCCACAUUCCCUCCUGCCACAGCUUACUUUUUCAGAAAGGGUCAUUGCGCGCUGGCGCAAGCAUGAAGAGCACUGCGCGACCAGUCAUUGGUGCGAUGUAUCUCUGACGGAGCAGGCUGGUGUGGAGGCUUGGGAGCCAUGGGACGACUGUGCGCCACCCCCUUGCCCCUGCAUUCCCGACCUAGACCUAGACAUGCUGCUGGAGAUCAGUGGCGCCUGCCAGAAGGUGCAGCCUGGCACCAAGCAAACAGUUGGGGACAUGGUCAUCCAGCGCAUCGUCCAUAAGGACCAUUGCGCGGUGUGGUCCGCCCAAGCAGGGGACGACCCUGUGAUGUUCGUGGCUUCUCAGGUGGUUCUGGCCACGCCGGAGCCUGCAGAAGCAGUGCUGUGGGCGCUGUAUUCAGCAGAGGAGCGGAUGAAGUGGGAUGGCGGCUCCUUCACAAAAUACGAGGUUCUGGGGGAGCCACAGGUGCAGGAAACCAGCAACGCCCUCUGCGACUUCCUCUACUGCCGCAUCCACCUCGUCCCAGGCGUGAAGGAUCGGGACAUGGUCCAGGAGAGAUUCCUGCAACGCCUUCCAGAUGGAGGCUACGCCAUUACCAUUCGCGCCUGCAGUGACGACAAAUGUCGUGCUUUGGGGCGCGACCCCGUUCCCAACGUGGUACGCGCACGCACUCUGAUCUCCGGGUACAUCAUCCGACCAAACCCUUCAGGUCCAGGCGUCGUGGUGACUGGCGUCUCGCAGACGGACUUGGGUGGUAACGUGCCGCAGUGGGUCCAGGGCCUUGUCAAGAAGGCUGGCAAGCGCAAGCCAGUAGAAUGGGCGCAGCGACUGGAG